CGUUCAGCCUUGUGAGCAGAUGCAUUGCCAAGUUGCAGAGCUCCAACAGUCCGCUCAUUCUAGUAGCUCCAGUUUGGCCAUCUCAGCCAUGGUAUGCCUCGCUGCUGCACCACUAUUACGAGGAACCGCGUCUUCUUCCCCAAUCACACGACCUACUGCGCAGCCACGACGGGCAGGUACAUCCAAUGCUCAGCACGGGGAGCCUGACACUAGCAGCAUGGAGACUGACCAACUCCAGCAAACUCAUAGCCAACUUUCGGAGCAGGCUGCACACCUCAUUGAGGCAUCAUGGAGGCGGGGAACACAGCUCACCUACACCUCUUGCUGGCGCAGGUGGGAACGCUGGUGCCAUUCAAGGACUGUUGAUCCCUUUUCUCCCACUCUAAAACAGGUGCUCAACUUCCUCGCUAGCCACUUUAAGGAGGGCCUGGCGUAUCGCACUAUAGGGUGUUACCGUUCUGCCUUGUCUCAGAUCUUGCAUAACUUUGACGGUUGCCCUCUAGGGGAACACCCAUCAGUUGUGCGCCUUAUGAAGGGAGUGUUUAAUUCUAACCCCCCCAAACACCGAUACCCCACAACUUGGAGGGUUGAAACGGUGACAACCCUCCUGCAGUCGUGGGGUCCUAACAAGGAUCUUAGCCUCAAGAUGCUCACUAGCAAGCUAGCUAUGCUAUUAGCCCUUGCCUCAGCAGGCAGGACGUCAGACUUGUGCCUGCUUUCAACAUGCCACAUCCGUAAACAAUCCGCAGGUUGGGAGCUUGGGCUCAGUGGCCUCAGAAAGACUUCUGGGGCAUCUAAACCCCUUCCCACCCUCUUCUUCCCAGCAUUCGAAGAGGUUCGGGAAUUGUGUCCAGUGGAAUGCUUGCAGGUGUACCUCGAACGAACUGCAGGACUCCGAGGCGCCCACACGCAGCUUCUGCUCACUACGCAGAAGCCUUUCCGCCCAGCAGCACGGGACACAGUAGCUCACUGGAUAAAACACACACUAAUGCUUGCGGGCAUUGACACGUCGGUUUUCAAAGCGCACUCAACGCGAGGAGCGGCCACCUCCAAAGCUGUGGAGGUCGGAGUACCACUUGCCGACAUCUUAGCAGCAGCCGACUGGUCCUCCGAGGCGACAUUUAACCGCUUUUACCGACGGCAAUCAGAUACCCGGGCUCACUUUGGAACCCAGGUGCUGAGAACACAUGCGAAAGCUUUGAACAAGCAGUUGUGA